ACCCAGAACAGGCAAUCAGGAAAGUCUACGUUGCAGACACAACAACAGCAUACAUCCCAUCAUGAGAGUCAGACUUCGACAUCGACUUGGACAGCAGACACUGACGUUGGCAGAAGAUACUACGCUUGCGCAAUUGUGGGACAAAGUCUCGGAUAUCACUUCGAGCGUAUCGUUUACCGUUAAGACUGGGUAUCCGCCCAAAGCAUUGAGUUUCGAUGAGCCGUUACGGUUGAUUCGGGAUGUCGGUGUCAAGAGUGGAGAGCAAUUGGUUGUGGAAGAUCAUGAUGCGCCGAAACCACCACUCAAGAAACCAUCGCCGCCGGCGAGUGCUCCCACAUCAUCAGGCUCGGGUUCAGGGAAGGGAGCGGCAAACGAGAACGAUCCACCGGAGGUUACGCUGAAGGAUGGCAGACGCCUCGCUCUCCGCGUCAUGCCCGACGACAACUCCUGCCUCUUCCGCGCCCUUACAUACGUCCUUCCCCCAUCGCCAACCCUCUCAGCCCCCGCCCUCCGCCAACACGUCGCAGCAUACAUCGCCUCCCACCCUGACGAAUACCCCGAAGUCGUCCUCGGCAAACCUCCACCACAAUACUGCGCUUGGAUCGAGCGGAGUGAGAGUUGGGGCGGCGCGAUCGAGAUGGCGAUAUUGAGUAAAGAGUUUGGGGUUGAGAUUGCGAGUGUUGAUGUUGGGACUGGACGGGUAGAUCGGUUUAAUGAGGAAGCGGGGAGAAGGUGUUUGGUUGUGUAUAGUGGGAUUCAUUAUGAUGCUCUUGCGUUAUCACCGGUGUAUGCGUCGCCGGGUGAACAUGAUCAAACCUUGUUUGAUGUCGGGAGUGCGCUGGGUGAUGAGGUGUUACAAGCGGCUCAAGAGUUGGUAGGAAGAUUGAAGGGGAAGGGGUAUUACACGGAUACGGCGAACUUCAGUUUAAGGUGUAGUGUUUGUAGGGUUGGAUUGAAGGGGGAGAAAGAAGCUGUGAAGCAUGCGGAGGGUACUGGUCAUGGAGCAUUUGAGGAGUAUUGAACGGAGCAUGGACAUUGCCACUGCAUUGAUUGUUUACGGCUGAACGCUUAUUCAGAAUGGAUUUGAUGACACUCAAUUGAC